AUGGCAUCGCUUGCAAGAUUGCUCCCAGGUGUAGCCGUCAUCACAGGCGCUGGAGGAACUGGCAUUGGUGCGGCCGUAGCGAAGGGGUUCGCCCGUUCAGGCUGUUCGCGAAUCGCCAUCACCGACAUCAACCCGAAGACGCUCGACCAGACCAGGGACGCUAUCCUGCGCAUUAAUCCUUCCGCUCAGGUCUUCCAGCGAGCUGGCGACAUCGCGGAUGAGACGUUCGUCGACUCAUUCAACGAUGAGACCUUUUCCAAGUUCAAGAGGCUUGACUAUGGGGUCAACUGUGCUGGUGUGCUCGGAGGCGAUGUCAUCAAAGCUGUAGAGAUGACGACCGAACAUUUUGAUCGACUCAAUGCUACCAACUACAAGGGGUCAUGGCUUAGUUGCCGUGCGCAGCUGCGAAACAUGUUAAAGCAGAAGCCGCUUGACGAGCAUCCGAAGCAAAGAGGUUCUAUUGUCAAUAUCGCUAGUCAGCUCGGCAUCGUAGCAAGGCCGGGUGCUGCGGCAUACUGCGCGUCAAAAGGUGCCAUCAUCAACAUGACACGCGCGAAUGCUAUCGACUACUCCGAUGAUGGCAUACGCGUGAACUGUGUUUGUCCUGGGGUUAUUGAGACACCUAUGACUACGACGUCGCCAGCUAUGGUGGAAGCUUUGAAGCCUGCUAUUGAGAUAGCGCCUAUGAAAAGGAUGGGCACGCCGGAAGAAGUCGCUGAUGCAGUGCUUUUCUUGUGUUCAGCGCAAUCAUCGUUCAUCCAAGGCCAUGCAUUAGUUGUGGAUGGUGGCUACACGAUAAAUUGA